CAUUGACUUGUCUGCUGAUGAGCGGAAGAUGAAUUGCGUUAUUUGGAAUGCUUAAUCAGACGAAAUUGGAAUGCAGCUUUUGCAAAAAACUUAGCACGAACAUGUAAAGGUUGUGUAGAAAUGAAAUUUGAGAGAUCACGAAAAAGCUUUUCGUUUUUUUAUUCGUGGUAAUUUGAAAUAUUAAUUAAAGCCUAUUGACUAUCAACAAUCCAAUUAUUAAAGUUGAAAUCCAUAAGAAUGGCAGAUAAAGAUCACGAGUUGAAUGCUUUAAAGUUUGUGGUGGAUUCUUCUUUAUCAUCAAAAGUAGACAAGUUCAACAAGAAAGUAACCGAUAAAAAGGAAAAGCAAGCUGAAAAUCCAUUUAGUGGUUCAUAUGCAAUGAAAAAUCCGAAGGAAUUGAAACCAGAAGAAUAUGGACGACCAAAAGCAGGCUCACUGACAGAGUUUCGAGGAAAAAAAGCCAAUGUUCAUGUCUAUAAAGAAAUGUUAGAACUAUGUCAAAUUAUUCACGAUGAAGGAAGUCCAACUGAAGAAAAUCCAGACCUACGAUUCAUUUCUUUUCGAGAUAUUUUUAAUAUUUAUGUAAAUAUUAGUAACAAGGUUGUCGGACUUCUUUUGCGAGCACGGAAAUAUGGACUUUUGACAUUUGAAGGCGAAUGUCUAUUUCAAAAGUUUCACGAUCAUGUUCCGAUUUAUCUGCUUCAUACUAUGAAUGAAAUUAAAGAAGUUUUAACCGGCAAACAAGACGAGGUGGGAUUGAAGGAACCAAAAUAAAGUAACUUUGUUAUAUUGAUGUA